AUGUCAACAGUAGUUAUGUACAAAAUUUUUUUCCUCUCCCUCCUUCUAUUUGCCCACCCUUCGCACAUAAGUAUAAUUUUUUACCCCGCGGGCAGAAAGACUUACUUGGUGGCUGCAAAAUAAAACAUGCGUUUACUUUUUUACUACUUUCUGAAGAUUUCUUAUAUGUAACUAGUUUUGAUGUUGUCUGUGUAAUACGAUUCUUAAAAUAAACAAUGAUCAGUUUCCGUUCUCAAUAGCUAAGUGUACCACAUAUUGUGUACAGUUAAAUGAUUAACUUGUUUAGCGAAUUUAAAUAUAUGUUACCAAGUUUGUGUACUUAACACUUUAUUACCUAGGGAAGAGGCUUUAUUUCCCAACAUAAUAUGCAACAAGACAUUUAGACAAAGGAAUAUUUUAAACAUGCUUAAGCAAAAUCGCACAGCGCAGAAACUUCACAUGUGUGAUUUAUGUAACAAAUCAUUUAGACUGAAAAGUCAUUUAAAGGAACAUUUGCUUAUUCACACAGGAGAGAAACCUCAUAUGUGUGAUGUAUGUAAACAAUCAUUUAGACUGAAAGGUCAUUUAAAGGAACAUAUGCGAAUUCACACAGGAGAAAAACCUCAUGUUUGUGAGGAAUGUAACAAGGCAUUUAGACAAAAGAGUAAAUUAAAGAUUCAUAUGUUUACUCAUACUGGAGAGAAACUUUAUGUGUGUCGAGUGUGUAGUAAGCCAUUUCUACAAAAGGAUAAAUUAAACAUACAUAUGCGUAUUCACACAGAAGAGAAACCUCAUUUGUGUGAGGUAUGCCACAAAUCAUUUGCACUAAAAGGUAAUUUAAAGAUGCAUACGCUUAUUCACACUGGGGAGAAACCUCAUGUGUGUAAUGUAUGUAACCAGUCAUUUAAGCUGAAAGGUAAUUUAAAGGAACAUAUGCGUAUUCACACAGGAAAGAAACCUUAUGUGUGUGAGACAUGUUCUAAGUCAUUUAGUCAAAUUGGUGCUUUAAACAAGCAUAUGUUUAUUCACACAGGAGUGAAAUCUUAUCUGUGUGAAGUUUGUAACAAACAAUUUAGAGAGAAAGAUAAAUUAAACAUGCAUAUGCUUAUUCACACUGGAGAAAAGCCUUAUACAUGUCAAAUAUGUAACAGAUCAUUUAGGAAAAAGGGUAACUUAAACAUGCAUGUGCUUCUUCAUACUGGAGAAAAACCAUAUGUAUGCGAGGUAUGUAACAAAUCAUUUAGGCAAAAGAAUCAUGUAAACUCGCAUAUGCUUAUUCACAGAGAUGAGAAAUCUCACAUGUGUAAUAUGUGUAACCAGUCUUUUAAACUAAAGGGUAAUUUAAAGAAGCAUAUGCUUAUUCACACAAGAGAGAAACCAUAUGAGUUAUCUGUCUAACAGAUCAUUUAUUUGGUUGGAAGAAGAAUUUCAAGAAACAGGUGAAUGAUUUGGUUUGAAAUGUACGCCAAGCAGAUCUCGGCUACUGAGCCAAAUUAUUAAUCUCACAAAUUUAUGCUUACAUGAUUGUUUUUCCACAACGAGGUAUUUUAUUUAGUGCUUAAGUGAAAUUAAGAAUCAGAAUUUUUAAGUAAAAAUCUCCACAUAUUU